GAGGUGCCCCAGGAGCUGGCUGGCCACGGCGGCGAGACGAACCCAGGCAUCGAACGCCCGAUCGCCGCCGACGCGCAGCCGCAGCUGGAAGGCCGCGCGCCGAACGACAAGGAAUCUCUGCUGACCGAGCUUCAUCAAGAGCUGGACGCGAUGAACCAAGACGUGCUCUUCAAGGGCGCUGAAGAAAAAUCUAUGGUGCGCAUGAGUCAGGUCCUCACUCAGUUCUUCAACGGCGACCCGGUGGGCAUGGCGCAAAAGCUGAGGAAGGAAGAUGCGAAGGCUGCAAAAGAAAUCGAAAAGGAUGACCCGCUCCCCGAGGACGCCGCGAGGGACAAAGCCCUCUUCGAGGAAUUGGCCCUUAAUACUUAUUAUUUCACUACGCAGACGACGGCAGGGAAUGCGAUCGGCUCGCGAUGGGCGCGGGCAAUUGCGGCGUCAGAUAAGCUGAGAAGGAAUUAUGCGAAAUGCCGGGGGUGGGCAGAAAGCCGUGACGUCCGAGCAAAGCGGCACAAGAAGGUGCACAAAAAGCAUAAGGCGCGUUGGGAAAAGAGAAAAGAGGAAACGUUCGAGAAGGCCGAGUUGAAGGACGGGGAGUACAUCUCCCUCGGCCGCAUGGCCUUCCUCGAGGGAGGCGGGUCGGCUGGCCUGAAGGCCGCGUUCAAGUGCGCAGCCAACGCGAUUCUGGUAGGGGGUAUGUACGUCAAGUGGGACGAGUGGACAGAGUCGGUAAAGUUCCUCUACCUUACACACAGGCUGAGGGAAUCGCUCAAGAGGGCAUGGAGCACUUUCCAGUCGUGGCAGGGCAAAGGUGACAUUGAGGACGCGCAGUUGCCCGCCAACGAGGACGGCGACGACGACGCCUCGACCAAGGCUUCCACGAAGGUCAAGAAAGACAAGACGAAGCAAAAGACGAAUAAGGGCAAAGACACUGGAGGCGGCAGGAAGAGCAAGGGCACUAAAGGCGAGAGGAAGGGCAAGGGCACUAACGGCGGCAAGAAGGGCGCUAAAGGCAAGAAGGGCGCUAAAGGCGACAAGGGCACUAAAGGCGGCAAGAGGACUGGCAGGAACGGCACUGAAGACGGCACCAACGGUGACCAGAAGAAGAAGAUGGCUUCCACGCCCCCGUGGCUCAAGGAGUUCAGGCAGGUCAAAUCUACGUUCGACACGUGCAGCCUGCAGUGCAUGAGGAUCCACGAGAAGGUAAAUAAGGACCCCCAAUGGCAGUGGACCAAGAAGUCUGGCACGGAAGACCUGGACAAGGCCAGCGCGAAG